AUGGCCUCCGUCGGUGAAACGUUGCUCUUGAAGAGCACAAAUCUCCAAGAAACUGGCAGCCUUCACACUGCCGUCUCGCAUACGGAUGGUAUUUACGCUCUGCAAGGCCAGCGGCGGUCAGUGAGCGUCGCCUUGAGCGACAAUGUCGAAUCUCUGCAGCGGUUUUGUCAUGAAAAUGGUUUUCAAUUGCAUACCAUAUUCAAAGCCGCCUGGGGACUUGUGCUUGGAAAAUAUCUCGGUCUGGACCAUGUUGUCUUCUCGUCGUUGGUACAGGAUGGCAGAGUUGAUGCGGCCCCGGCAUCCUGUCAGCUUCUCCUUGAUGAAACAGUCUCGGUCUUGAACCUGUUGAGAAAUAUUGAACUUCUUCAAACAAAGACCUUUGACGCUGAGAAGAGUCCAGAAACAAGGGAUAGCUCAUCGCUGUCGGACAGUCAACUUGUGUUCCAAGUCCAUCAACCCGGAAAGGUGGUUGCAGCUGUGCCCCGAAGUAGUCAGAACACUGGAAACAUUGUUUUACUGGUUCAGGCUUCGGACAACAUGCUGAAGAUGACGCUCAGCUUUUCCACGUCCACCCUUGCUGAGGAGGAGGCUGUCAAUAUCGGCGCCACAUUCGCCAAAGCUAUAUCUCUCAUCGUCCUCCAUCCAGAUCAAAAGCUCAAUGACCUGGAGCUAAUCAGUGACCGCGACCUCGCUUCAAUCUGGGGUUGGAACAAGACGCAGCCUCGAGUAAUCGAUAGAUGCGUGCACCACAUCAUACAGUCGCGGGUUGAGCAGCAGCCGCAUGCCCUCGCCAUCUGCGGCUGGGACGCAUGCAUGACAUACCGUCAGCUUGAGGAUUAUUCCAAUCGCCUAGCCCAUCACCUUUCAGGUUUGGGUAUCGGCCCCGAGGUUAUCGUCCCCCUCUGCUUUGAGAAGUCUGCAUGGGCUAUUGUCGCGUUGCUGGGCGUGGUGAAGGCUGGUGGAGCGUUUGCUUUCAUUGACCCUUCGCAUCCAAAAGGCCGCCGCGAUGAUAUCAUCAGUCAAAUCGCUUCAACUUUGGUCUUGACUUCGGUUGCACAAGCAGGCCAAUGGACAGACUCGGGGCUCAAGGUUGUUCCCUUGGGGCCGCAGUCCGUCGAUGCACUGACACUCCAAACUCAACCUCCUGUCACCGCGGUUCGUCCAAAUAACAUUCUUUACAUUAUUUUUACUUCGGGAAGCACCGGCCGCCCCAAGGCUUGCGUCGUUGAGCAUUCAUCCUUCUGCAGCGGAGCCGUAGCGCAGGCAGAGGUGGCAAAUAUGGAUUCGUCGAGUCGCGUUCUUCAGCUGGCAUCGUUUAGUUUCGACGUUAGUCUGUUGGAGAUAAUGACGGCAUUGAUGCAUGGAGCAUGUAUAUGCAUGCCCAGUGCAGCAUCGAUGAAUGAGGGGGUAGCCAAGCUCAUCAACACGUUUCAAAUAACCUGGGCCUUCUUGACUCCAUCUUUGGUCAAAGUCAUUGAUCCAAGAGACGUUCCUGAUUUGAAAACGCUAAUUUUGGGCGGCGAGGCAUUAUCCAAAUCUGAUAUAGACACUUGGGCCGAGCAUGUACAACUGGGAAAUGGCUAUGGUCCCAGCGAAUGCUCCGUGGCUGCAGCCGGAAACCCUAACCUGACCCCGUCAACGAGUCCUUCCAACAUCGGACGUGCAGUUGGUGGUCUCUGCUGGAUUGUGAAUGCUGAAGAUCACAACAAGUUGGUCCCGGUUGGCUGCGUCGGAGAGUUGUUAAUUGAAGGACCAAUUGUUGCCAGAGGAUAUCUGAAUGCGCCUGAAAAAACGGCAGAGGUAUUUGUUACAGGGCCGCAUUGGGGACCUAUCACAGAACAAGGAGCUUCUAGACGAUUAUACAAAACGGGAGAUUUGGCACGAUACAACACUGAUGGUACAAUUCACUUCAUCGGUCGUAAAGACACCCAAGUGAAGCUACGAGGCCUACGCAUCGAGCUGGGCGAGAUCGAGCAUCAUAUAUCGAUGCAUGGACUUACGCAGCACGCCAUCGUCGUAUUACCAAAGACUGGCCCUUGUAAAGAGCGCCUUGUUGUCGCCCUCUCACUCAAAGAUUUCCUGCCAGACACUUCUAAAACUUCUGAUGUUCGGUUGAUCCCAGAAGAAGCCCGAGAACGUGCGAGUGAACAGGUUGCAGACAUUAAAGAGCAGCUUAGCCGGCAUGUGCCUCAUUAUAUGGUUCCUGAAACUUGGAUCAUAGUCGAAGCAAUCCCGCUCAUGCUCUCAGGCAAGAUGGCUAGGAGUCAAGUGUCAAAGUGGAUCGCCGAGAUGGAUGAUGAAACAUACGACAGAGUUGUCGGAGUUCAGUCACAGGGUCAAGGGGCAACAGAAAUGACAGAAAACGAGACGCAACUGCAGCUCGUAUAUAGCGACGUUCUUAACCUGACACUCAGCCGAAUCCCACUCGACCGAUCGUUCCUGAGCCUUGGUGGAGACUCCAUUUCGGCCAUGCAGGUCGUUUCACGAUGCAGGUCAAGAGGGAUGGCCAUCACCGUCAAAGAUAUCAUUGCUCUGAAGGGCAUCUCGGAACUGGCACUACGUGUGGUUAAUGUUACAAAUUCGGCACAUGACCACGAGGAGAGCUUCGAUACGCCCUUUGACCUCUCCCCCGUGCAGCGAAUGUACGUCGCCACCACCCCUUUGGCCUCCAAUGGAUCUUCCACACGCUAUAACCAAAGUUUCUUCCUCAACAUCACUCGGCAAACAGAAGUUGAGGAGCUGCGCAAGGGAUUCCAAAUGGUAGUCGCCAAACAUUCCAUGCUUCGUGCCCGAUUUGUCGAGGGUGAACACGGAACCUGGCAGCAAGUGAUUUUAAAACAGGUGCAGGGCACAUACAAUUUCCUGGUCCAUGAUCUCAUCGCAGUCAAAGAUAUUGAUGCCAUUAUUGAAGAUGCGCAAUCAUCUGUGGAUCUCAUCCGCGGACCAGUCUUCGCUGCGCAUGUCUUUAACGUCGAGAGCAAGGGUCAGUUUCUGUUUCUCGUUGCUCACCAUGCCAUCAUUGACUUGGUAUCGUGGCGUGUCGUCAUGAAAGACCUUGAAGACGCAUUAACAACCCGGGGGAUUGCCAACCAUGUAUCAUUGCCUUACCAGAAAUGGCUUCAACUGCAAGCUGAUAACGCCAGAGACCAUGGAAGUCCUAGCAAAGUUCUCCCUUUCAGUGUCGCACCACCUGAUAUGCAAUAUUGGGGAAUGGAAUAUCAAAAGAACUUCAUUUCGGAUACUUCUGAAGAUACGGUCAAACUAAGUCUAGACUUGACCAAGUCUCUCAUGGGAAGCCAGUGUCACGCAGCGCUUCGCACUGAGCCUAUUGACCUGAUCCUAUCGAUUUUGAUGUAUUCUUUUGCUCACGUCUUCAACGAUCGCGCCACACCUGCAUUCUUCCGAGAGAGCCACGGAAGAGAGUCUUGGACGGACGAGAUUGACAUUUCUGAGACUGUGGGUUGGUUCACGACAAUGUUUCCGCUAUGCACCAGCGCUGGCUUUGAAGACGAUAUUGUGGAAUUCACACGUCAAAUCAAGGACAAUCGUCACGCUAUUCCAGCCAACGGGCGUCCUUAUUUUGCCUCCAGAUUCCUGAACCAGGAGGGCAUGGAGGCUUUCGCCGAUCACUCUCAGGUAGAGAUCUGUUUUGACUAUCUCGGCCUGUAUCAACAACUGGAGAAACCGGACGCGUUGCUCCGCCAAGAACCUCGUACCAUGACGGCAAACACAUCCGAUAUUGGUCCAAACGUCCGGCGUUUUGCACUGAUUGAGAUCACUGCCGAGAUGAUCAGUAAUCAGAUGCAAUUCUCUUUCGUUUACAACCACAAUAUGAAGAAUAUGCUAAAAUUGAAAGAGUGGAUCGCGUCUCUUCCGGAUUCUUUUGCCAAGUGCAUUGACCAAUUGUCAAAGACAAGAUUUCAGCAUACCUUGAGUGACUUCCCAAUGCUCAAAAUGUCAUACAAGGGGCUAGAGAGGCUCUCGAAUGACCUUCUCCCUCAGAUCGGUAUAUCAUUUGAGGAAGUGCAGGACGUCUACCCUUGCUCUCCCAUGCAGCAAGGUUUGCUGAUCAGUCAGAGUAAAUCUACCGGUGUAUAUAAAUAUCGGCAUACGGCUGAGAUUGUGUCGAGGUCUGCCGAUCCAGUUGACCUCGAUCGGCUGGCGAGUGCGUGGGAGAAGGUCGUUCAGCGACACUCUGUCCUGAGAACUAUAUUUAUUCCGAGUGUAAGUACAGAAGGUGUGUAUGAUCAAGUUGUACUCAAAGAUUAUCGCGGCAGGGUCUCAAGAUUCCAAAUCGACGGGGCCGACCCCGGAAACAUGUUUGAAAACCAGGCUCCCAUCGAAUUCACCGACAUUGAGCCGCCAAAUCGACUAAGCGUGUGCCAAACAAACGAGGGUCGAGUCUUUUGUCAGUUCGAAUUCAAUCAUGCCGUUAUUGAUGGAGGCUCUAUGCCCAUUAUUCUUCAAGACUUCAUCCUGGCUUAUGACGGGACGACUCCUGACCGACCUGCGCCACUAUUCCGUGAGUACAUCUCGUAUUUGGGAUCGCUUCCCAAAGGUUCUGGUCUCAAAUACUGGAUGAAUUAUUUGAAAGAUAUCGAACCGACGUGCUUGCCUUCGAUUCAAGGAUCUGCAAAGGAUCCACAGUUCCUCGAGAUGGAGGUCAAUAUUAACAUCGAGGCUAGCGUACUGCUUGACUUCUGCCAGCGAAAUAAUCUUACCUUAUCCAAUAUCUUCCAUGUAGCCUGGGGCCUCGUGCUCCGAGCACACACAGGGCGAAAUGAUGUCUGUUUCGGCUACUUGCUGUCUGGAAGGGAAGCCCCAAUCCGCGAUAUCGAUAGAGCGGUUGGUCCUUUCAUAACAAUGCUCGUAUCGCGAUUGGGACUGGAAGAUGAUGUAUCCAUCUUAAAAAUCCUUCAAAAGGUUCAAGGAGACUUCCUUCUCGGCAUGGAACACCAACACUACCCACUCGCGGACAUUCAGCACGAGCUGGGGCUGGCUGGCCAACCGCUCUUCAAUACCGUCCUGUCCUUCCAGAAAUCCGAGGAGGGAGCUGAAGAAAAUGAAAGCACAAUCUCUGUCAUCGGUCUAGAAGCGUACGAUCCACCAGAAUACGAGGUGACUUUGGAUGUCAUGGUGUCUGAAGCCGAUGUUGUCACGACUCUUGGGUACUGGACAUCUAGCAUUUCGAGCGAACAGGCCAAGAAUCUUGGCUGCAUGUUUAGCAGGGCUAUUGACUGUAUUGUGCGAAACAUUAACAGUACAGUUGACGACAUUGACCUGGUAGGGCGUGAACACAUGACACAAAUUUUGCAAUGGAAUGCAGACCUACCACCGGCACAUUAUCAUUGCAUCCAUCAUCUCUUCCACGAACAGGCAUUGAAGCAACCCGAAGCACCGGCGAUUUGCUCUUUUGAUGGAAAUUUCACGUAUGCCGAGCUUGAUGUCUUGUCUACAAAGUUGGCUCAUCACCUGGUUAGCAUGGGUGUUGGACCUCAAGUCUAUGUCCCAUUCUGCUUCCACAAAUCGGCAUGGGCGACCAUUUCCAUUAUGGCCAUCUUGAAGGCCGGUGGUGCCUGCAUUCCCAUGGAUCCAGCGCAGCCGUCGACGCGUCUCGAGGCCAUCAGCGCCAUGUGUAGUGCGAAGGUAGCUGUGACUGCACCUCGAAAUGCUCACCUCCUGGAAGGAUUCGUCGACACUAUUAUCUCUGUUGACCAGGGAUUCAUCAAUGAGCUUCCUACUGUGGCAGGCAUACCUUGUGCUUCAGUCCGGCCCGAUAACGUCGCAUAUGUCAUCUUUUCGUCUGGGACUACCGGGAAUCCAAAGGGAAUCCAACUCUACCAUUACUCCCUGGCGACAUUCGCUCUUUGGAACAAUUUGAUAGUGAAGGGAAAUGGACCAGGUCAGAGGGUGCUACAAUUUGCUGCGUACACAUUUGAUGUUUCGAUAUCGGACAUCCUAGGCUCGCUGAUGUUUGGAGCCUGCAUUUGCAACAUCUCGGACCAUGACAGAAUGAACAAUCUCUCCCAAGCGAUUCAUGAUGUCAAAGCCACAUCAGUUGACCUCACAGCAACUGUUGCGGCACUCAUUCGACCUGCUGAUGUUCCCUCCGUGCGAAUCCUGCAGCUAGGUGGCGAGGCGUUGACCAAGGAAGUUGUGGACAUAUGGGCCGGAAAUCUUGACACGCUCGUUAAUGUAUACGGCCCUGCGGAGUGCAGUAUAACUAGCUCAUACAGUUGCAAUAUCUCGGAUGAUACAGACCUAGCGAACAUAGGACGAGUUGUCGGAGGUCUUGGUUGGGUUGUUGAGCCCAACAAUCAUGACAAGCUUGCACCACUUGGCUGUGUCGGUGAGUUGCUCAUUGAAGGAGCUAUUUUAUCGGCCGGUUACCUUGGUGACCCAGAAAAAACCAAACAGUCAUUCAUUUGGAAUCCAAUCUGGUCGCGCACCCAGCCGGGAGUGGAUCGCAGAUUUUACAAAACAGGAGACUUGGUCAGAUACAACUCGGACGGCAGUCUUCAUAUACUUGGCCGUGGGGAUACACAAAUUAAACUCUAUGGCCAGCGACUUGAUCUGACCGACAUUGAAGCCCAGGUCAUUGACCAUCAACCCAGCUUACGACAAGUGACUGUCGAGGCACUUGUGCCAAAGGAAACCACCAGAAAAACCCUUGCCGCUUUCUUUGCGGUUGAUGGCCCAGAUGAUGGUAGCACUGUCGGCUCCUCGGACAGUACGCCAAUUCCUUUAACGCCACAGCUCCAGAAAGACCUGCAAGGACUUCAAAACUCUUUAGCUCUAUCGCUGCCAAGAUAUAUGAUUCCAUCUAUGUAUAUAUCUAUGAGUCAGAUGCCAAUGACGCCGUCUGGAAAGACCAACAGAGCAGCUCUCCGCAAGAUUGCUGCCGAAUUCUCGGAAAGACAGUGGUCAGACUACUCUCUAGAACAUAAAGUGAAGGAACCUCCGUCGACAGACCUCGCAAAACGGCUGCAACAGCUCUGGAGCGUGGUAUUAUGCAUCGACAUAAAAAUGAUUGGUGCCAAAGACAGCUUUUUUGGACUUGGAGGAGAUUCAGUCGCCGCUAUGCGGCUAGUUGCCGCUGCUCGAGCAUCGAAUAUCCAGAUCUCGGUAAUGAACAUAUUCAAGUACCCGAAUCUUUGUGAUAUGGCAUUGACGGUUGCAAUUCCCGAAACAACGACAAGAGAUUUAGUGGAAUUAGACUCUUUUGCUCUUCUUGAACCAUCUUGUCGAGAAGAGAUGAUAGGUCAUUGUGCGGAGAGAUGCAAGGUCGAGAAAAACUUUAUUGAAGAUGUUUACCCGUGCACCCCUUUACAAGAGGGGCUUAUGGCAAUCUCGACUCGAUUGCCUCGUGCGUACGUCGCACGAAUGGUCUUUAAAAUUCCACCCACCAUCGACUUGAAUCGCUUCCGAAACGCGUGGCAGCAGCUGAUCUCUCUCGAACCAAUCUUGAGAACCAGAGUCAUUCUGACCAACACGAACUCUGUGCAGGUUGUUUUGCGAGAGGAAAAUCCUUGGAAAGAGGGCUUGACCCUCGAAACAUAUCUUGAAAAGGAUCGAGGGCUUCCAAUCGAGUAUGGUGGGCUCCUCCAUCGGCUUUGCAUAAUUGAUGGACUCGGACAAGAUUCAUACUUCGUCUGGACUGUCCACCAUGCACUCUACGAUGGCUGGAGUCAAAACCUGUUGUUUGAAAGAGCCAAACAACUAUACAUGGGCGAUGCGGUAUCGAAAUCACCACCCUACAACCGAUUUAUUCAUUUCCUUGCCCAAGGGGAUAAGGAGUCCUCAAAUACAUUCUGGAAAUCACAGCUUUUGCGAGAGCAAGCACCAACAAGCUUCCCUGUCCUGCCGGCCCCCUCAUAUAAGCCUCGAGCUGAUCAAGUGCAAACUCUUCGUCUUCCACUCUCUCGCCAAAAGCACUCCACUAUCACUAGUGCCACUCUGAUAAAGGCUGCAUGGGCCAUGGUCGUCUCUCAGUAUUCUAGAUCUGAUGACAUUAUACUUGCUUUGACCCUCUCUGGUCGCACCGCUCCUGUUCCUGGCAUCAUGAAAAUGACAGGGCCUACUAUCACGACAGUGCCCCUGAGAAUCAAGCUUCCGAGCGGGAAUACCACCGUUUACAAGUAUCUGGAAAUUAUGCAAAGCCAAGCGAUGGAGAUGAUGCCAUACGAGCAUGUGGGGAUACAAAGUCUUCGUCGACUCUGUCUCGAGGCUGAGCCAGAUUACGAACUGGACCUGAAGCAUCUUCUCGUUAUCCAAUCACUGGGGGAAUUUGACAGUUUUCUGGACCUGGAACUAUUACCAACAGAGGAAGAUGACUUCAACACGUAUGCGCUGAUUGCUCAAUGCAGUCUCGAAAAUGAGAACGUGUGUAUCGAAGCGCGCUACGAUAAAAAUGUGAUUGAGACUGAACAGAUGAAAAGAAUGCUGUGGCAGUUUCAGCAUAUCAUUCGUCAGCUUAAUGACGAAUCGCACUCUACCACGAUGGAAGGGAUCGAUCUUGUCAGUCCACAAGACCGACAGCAGUUGGAAGUCUGGAACAGCCAAAAGCACGAUCCUAUGAAUAUGUGUAUCCAUGAAGUCAUCGAAAAACAGAUGCGCUCCCGGCCUGUCGAUACGCCUGCUAUUUGUGCAUGGGAUGGGGAGCUCUCUUACCAAGAGCUGGAUCGCCUGUCCAACGGUUUGGCCGCACACUUGGUUGAUCUCGGCGUCGGCCCUGAGGUCAUGGUCCCCAUAUGCUUCGACAAAUCGCUAUGGACCAUCGUGACGAUGACUGCCGUGCUCAAGGCCGGUGGUGCCUAUGUAUCAUUAAGCUCCGCCCAUCCACUUAGUCGUCUACGGGGAAUCAUUGACGACAUCGACGCGGGCCUCAUACUAGUAGCUCCCCAAUACGCAGAGUUAUUUGUCAAUGUAGUCCCCAGAAUCAUCGUGGUCGAACCAUCGUGGGUGACUACGCUACCGACUUCGGGCAUCACUGCACCCUCUGUCGCACGGCCUGAGAGUGCAGCUUUUGUCGUAUUCACUUCUGGAUCUACGGGGAAGCCCAAAGGCGUGGUGAUAGAACACCGCAGCAUGGUCACCAUGGCACACGCCGAAGGGCCUUCCAUGCAGUUUGACAGCGACACCCGAGCAUUGAAUUUUGCCGCUUCAACGUUUGAUGUCAGCAAUAGCGAGGUUCUCACAACUUUAAUGUUUGGAGGAUGUGUCUGCGUACCAUCCGAAGCCGAGAGGCUCAAUGACCUGACUGGAGUAAUCAACAAGUGGAAAGUUAAUUGGCUUUUCCUGACUCCUGCGAUGGCUGAUAUCCUUGAUCCCGCCCAAGUUCCGACUCUUCGAUCGCUGGCUCUCGGUGGAGAAGCGAUCAGGCAGGAUCUUGUCGAGAGAUGGGCAGCCAAAGUACACUUGAUCAACAGCUACGGACCGUCUGAAACCACCAUUUGGACUUCCAACUCCCACUUAAGCCCGGGAAAACGACCGGCGAAUAUUGGCCGUGGCUACGGAGCUCAUACAUGGGUCACAGAUGUCACCGACCAUAAUCGUUUGGCCCCAAUUGGGUGUGUCGGCGAGCUCCUAGUCGAGGGACCGAUUUUGGCGCGAGGAUACGUUAAAAAUCCCCAAACCACAUCCGCAGCUUUCAUUUUUGAUCCACCAUGGGCAACGGGUGGCCAAAGGAAGCCACGGCGAAUGUACAAGACAGGUGAUUUAGUCAAAUACAACGUUGACGGAACAUUGGAUUACGUUGGAAGAAAGGACACCCAAGUCAAACUUCGAGGCCAGAGGAUCGAGCCAUGCGAGAUUGAAGACCACAUCAGGCAGAGCCUCCCAGACGCACAGCAUGUGGCCGUUGAGAUCGUCUCGAAGGAAGGGCAUAAGGAGGACCGAGCUUUGGCAGCUUUUCUUCAACUUGUUCAAAAAGAUCAGCACUUGGUUCACGGCACAAACAACAAUCUCGUGCCAAUGACAGAAGAGUUCCGAAGGAGCAUGCUACAUCUCCAGCAAUUACUCGUGGGUUCCCUACCACCAUAUAUGGUGCCACAGCUGUUCAUCGUUCUCCGUCAAGCUCCCACUACCUCAUCCGGUAAACUGGAUCGCAAAGCCAUGCGAGAAAUGGCUGCAAAACUUCCCAAAGCUCAGCUCGCGCCUUACAUGCUAGGUGAUGUUGAAAAGGUAGCACCCUCAACCCCGAUGGAAAUAAAGUUGCAGAGCUUCUGGGCCAGCCUGUUGCGCAUUAAUGUUUCUACAAUCGGCGCAAAUGACAACUUUUUCCAGUCCGGCGGAGACUCAAUUAUUGCAAUGAGACUGGUUGCUGAAGCUCGUGCUAACCAUCUUUCGAUAUCUGUGGCGGACAUUUUUCGCUUCCCAAAACUAUCCGAGAUGGCAAAGGCCAUUCAGGAGGUUGUCUUUACUCCAGCGACAGAUAUUGAGCCUUUCUCUCUGCUGCGAGGCCAACACUCUUCGGAAGAUAUCAUUCAGAUCGCAGCAAGCCUUUGUGGCGUUGAAACUGAGGCGAUCGAGGACGUCUAUCCAUGCACAUCUCUACAGAAGGGCCUGUUUAGUAUUACGAUCCGGGAUCCCGGUGCGUACAUUGCUCAAAAAGUGUUCCAGCUACGAGAAACACUUGACCUGGAUCGUUUCAAAAGUGCGUGGCAGACACUGGCAGACAUGCACCCGAUCUUGAGAACACGAAUCUUAGACACGGACUUGCAGGUCGUUGUUCGCGAAAGCCUGGCGUGGCAAAGUGCGUCAACACUGCGAGCAUAUUUGCAGGAUGACUUGGCCAAAAACAUGAAUUUUGGAAAACCCCUUUCUCGGUAUGCCAUCGUGGAGGGUCAUUUUAUCUGGACCGCACACCAUGCAGUUUACGAUGCGUGGAGUAAUCAGUUGCUCUUUGACCAGCUGCGAAGCAUUUACCAUGAUGAUGGGAUUCCAAAGCCCGUGCCAUAUAGCAAAUUUAUUGAGCACCUUGAGAAUAUUGACCAAAGCGCAUCAAUGGCAUUCUGGAAAAGACAACUCUCCGGUGACAAGCCCACGAGCUUCCCCGAGGCGCGCUCCCUAACUCACAAACCUCGCCCAAAUCAGGCUUUCACAUACUCCAUUGCGAUUACUCGCAGUUACAAGUCUGAAACCUUAAUGUCCAGUAUCCUACAAGCUGCAUGGGCAUUGGCGGUGGCUCGACAUUCUAAUAGUAAUGAUGUCGCAUUUGCCAUGGCGCUUUCGGGCCGUAAUUUGAACAUGCAAAGUAUCGAGAGCGUGAUUGGGCCAACCAUUACGACCGUUCCAAUUGUCAUGAAUCUUGACAUGGAGCAAACUGUUGUCGGCUAUCUCAGAAACACUCAGAAUAAGAUGACGGAGAUGAUACCAUUCGCACACGUUGGCCUUCAGAAUCUCCGUAGCCUGGAGAACUACGUUGAUCUAAAGCAUCUCUUCGUCAUUCAAUCUGCAGCAAGUGAAGAUACAGAGGGUGUUUUAGGGAUGAUUCCCGUAUCUUAUGAUGUUGCUGGGUUUGAUAGCUACGGCUUGGUGGUGGAAUGCGUCCAAGAUGCUGACAAAGUCGACGUCGAGGUCCGUUUUGACACUGCGAUCAUCUCCCACGAUCGGAUCCAGAAAAUGCUCAACUUGUUCCAGCAUUUGGUUGGACAACUCAAUAAGGAGGAUUCUCGCUGUCUCCCCUUAAGGGAUGUCAGCUUUUUCAGUCCUCAAGACGCAGAGCAGGUUGCUGCAUGGAAUAAGGAACCGCCGCUGGAGAAGAACGAGACGAUGCACCAUCUCGUCCAAGCCCAAGUAUCUGCUCGGCCACUUGCCCCGGCAAUUCUUGCAUCGGACGGCAGCUUUACUUAUGCUGAGCUCGACAGCAGAUCAACUCAGCUAGCCCAUCACCUUGUUCAAGUCGGCGUGAAGCCGGAGGUUAUGGUACUCGUCUGUUACAACAAGUCUGCAUGGACCAUCAUCGCCAUGUUGGCCAUCAUCAAGGCUGGCGGCGCAUGCGUUGCCAUUAACCCUGAGCACCCUCCGGAACGCCUUCAAGCCAUAGCUCAAGAUGUCAAAGCCAGCAUUGUUGUGACACAACAGCAACAUGGCCAUAUUUUCCAGGAGUGGAACGUCAACGUUGUCCUGCCUACAGAUAGUCUGACGAACCAAUACCCAACGACAGGCACUUUUACUAGUGCCAGGCCAGAGAAUCCCGCCUUCGUAGUAUUCACAUCAGGGUCUACUGGAACUCCCAAGGGAAUUUGCUUGGAGCAUCGUGCGCUUUGCGCCAGUGCACAAGCUCACGGCAAAGCAAUGCGUUUGGGGACCGACUCCCGAGUCUUGCAAUUUGCUGCUUACACGUUCGACGUGAGUAUCGGGGAAAUUUUCACGACCCUGAUAUAUGGCGGCUGUGUAUGUGUGCCGACAGAGGAAGAGAGGUUGAACGAUCUGGCCGCUUUCAUCAACAGAAUGAAGAUCAAUUGGGCUUAUUUGACGCCCACCGUGGCCAGCUUCCUCCAACCCGCAGAUGUCCCAACACUGAAGACCCUGUCAUUGGGUGGUGAGGCCGUGACGAAAGAAAAUGUAGCCGUGUGGGCGAGUAGGGUCCAUCUGAUCAAUAUUUAUGGACCGGCCGAGACGAGCAUUUGGUCAACCGCCCUCUGCGGACUCAAGUCGGACACGUCACCAACAAACAUUGGAUACGGCGUUGGUGCGUUGAUGUGGAUCACUGAGAUUGCCAAUCAUGAUCACCUCUGCCCAAUAGGCUGUGUUGGAGAGCUUUUGAUUGAAGGCCCUAUUCUAGCUCGCGGAUAUGUUGCUCUAGACGAGACAACUCGGGCGCGCUUCAUCACAAAUCCUGCCUGGGCCAAGGGGCAUGGGGAUAGGCGAUUCUACAAGACGGGAGAUUUAGUGAAGUACAACUUUGAUGGAUCCAUUGACUACGUCGGCAGAAAGGAUACACAGUUCAAGCUCCAUGGACAGCGCAUCGAGUCCAGUGAGAUUGAGCAUCAUUUGUCUACGGACAGACACAUCAGACAUGCAAUGAUUCUGCUUCCCAAGUCGAAAUCCGGUCAGCAGCGUCUGACUGCCAUCAUCUCGCUUGAAUCUGUUCCGCCAGCAGCUGCUAGAGACAGGCCGCAACUCAUACAAACCGAAUCCGCCCAGCUAGAGGUUUCUCUCAUACGAAAGAAGCUCGCUGAGGUUGUGCCAGGAUAUAUGGUUCCUUCAAUCUGGUUGGUGGUGGAUCACAUGUCCAUGACCGUUUCGGGCAAACUCAACCGACUAGAGAUGACAAAAUGGGUUGAGCAGAUGGACGAGGAUGUUUAUUCAACUUCAAGUGACGCCGGAGAGUUGGAUGGCAGUCACAUCCCUGCAACCAUCAUGGAAGAGAAGUUUCAAAAGAUAUUGAGUCAAGUACUCAAUCUGCAGACCGUCAGACUCGACAGGUCGUUCUUGAGUCUCGGAGGAGAUUCCAUAACGGCAAUGCAAUUAAGAGCAAAAUGCCGCACGGAGAAGAUUGAGCUCUCGACACAGCACAUUCUGCGCUCAAAGUCCAUCAGCCAGAUGGCGCUUCUGGCAAAAUCAACUUCUGAGACUACACUAGCCCAUCCAGAAAUUCUCGAUUCUUCUUUUGGUCUUGCGCCGAUUCAGCAGAUGUAUUUUGACAUCGAGUCGAAAGCCGAAGUGUCUCAUCAUUUCCAUCAGAGCUUCCUCCUGCGUGUCUCCAGACGCAUUGGAACACUGCAAAUGGCUAGGGCUAUCGAAAAGUUGGUUGGACAACACUCCUUGCUACGGGCAAGGUUUUCUCAGGGAGAAAACAAUCAAUGGACGCAGCGUAUUACUGGGGAUGUGGCAGAUUCACACCAUUUCGGUAUGCAUCAACUGACUCGGAGAGAACAGAUGAUGCCACUGAUCGAAGCCUCCCAGCGCGCGAUCAACAUAAGAGAAGGCCCAGUGUUCUCGGCUGCCUUAUUCAAUAUCGGCGACAACGACGCUGUUGAGGACUCAUAUCAACUACUUUUCCUUUGCGCCCACCACCUGGUCAUAGAUUUAGUCUCGUGGAGAAACAUUCUGCGAGACCUGGAAGAACUCUUAGACUCUGGCAGGCUGUCUUCACCGAAACCACCAUCGUUCCAGACUUGGGCCAAGACGCAGGCGGAAUACGCGAGAAAGCUCAUUCCGCGGGACGUAAUGCCGCUUCAAAUCCCUCCAGCAGACUUUGGCUUUUGGGGCAUGUUGAAUCAAGCCAAUAUCUUUCAAGAUCGGCUGGAUACUACGUUCUCGCUGGACGAAGAAACUACGGAGAAGCUUUUUGGUGUCAGUAAUGAAGCCCUCCAAACGGAGCCCGUGGAUAUCAUUCUCUCAGCUUUGAUUGACUCCUUCCACCGGGUCUUUACCGGUCGGCCAACGCCGACAAUUUUCAGCGAGGGUCACGGCAGAGAAUCUUUGGCUCCUGAGUUGGAUGCAGCGGAAAUAGUUGGCUGGUUCACAACCAUGAAUCCGCUGCACGUUCCGGUGAUGCAAGAUGAAGAUCAGCUAAAGAUCCUGGCGCAUACCAAGGAUUUAAGGCGUCAAGUCCCGAGCAGUGGGUAUCCUUAUUUCUGUUCCCGCUUUUUGUCGCCAGAAGGAAAAGAGAAGUUCGGGAAUCACGCACAAAUGGAGGUCAUUCUCAAUUACCAGGGUCGCUAUCAGCAGCUGGAAAGAGACGAUGCGCUACUCCGACCAGAGCCCCUUGUUGAAAACGAAGUACACAAAGACCAAGGACCAGAUAUGGAACCGUUUUCCCUCUUUGAGAUUUCAGUAGAGAUCGUCCAAGGAAAAACGCGCUUUUCCUUUGCUUACAAUCGCCACAUGCACCAUCAAGACUUGAUUCGGCAAUGGGUGUCAGAAAGCAAAGAGUGCCUAAACACAAUCACGAACCGGUUGUCUGUCAUGGAAUUCCAACUUACAAGAAGUAGUUUUCCACUCCUCUCGCUAGAUGAUAGUGAGCUUUCCCAGUUCCAAUCCCAUCUCAGCAGCCUUGGCAUCGGCCCGAGGCAGAUAGAAGCCGCGUACCCAACGUCACCAAUGCAGGAGUCCAUGCUAUCGGCUCAACAAAAGGCACCUGGAAUAUACGGAGUCCGGAAUAUCUACGACAUCAUACCAGGACCACAAGCCGGACCCGUAGACUAUUCCCGGUUAAUGACGGCUUGGCAAAGAGUAGUGGACCGACACGUUUCUCUUCGCACCAUAUUCGUGCCAAGCGUCCCUCGGAAGGAUUCUUUUGAUCAAGUCGUUCUCCAUGAGCAUCUGGCUAGAAUUGCCAUCAUAGAAUGCGACGAUGACGAUGUGUCGGAGAAAAUGCGCACUCAAAGUAUGAUCGAUUUCCUCGAACCGGUGCCACACCAUCGUCUAUCUAUUUUCAAAACGGCCAGCAAAGUAAUGUGCAACUUGGACAUCAGUCACGCUCUUAUUGAUGGCAUGUCCAUGCGACUCCUAAUGCGCGACCUUUACAUCGCCUACGAAAGCAAUGGCCAGCUUGCUCCUGGUCCGAUGUACUCCGAUUACAUCGCCUUCCUGCGGCAACAAUCCGCCAGCCAAGAUGCCAUCUUCUGGCGGCAGUACUUGCAGGCUGUUCAGCCAUGCCACUUGCCGCGUCCUGAGGCUCCUCUCAGCAGCGAGAGAGAGCAGCGGUCUGUGCAUGUCCAUCUCAAUGAAGACUUUGCCCAGAUCCAGAGCUUUUGCAAGACUUACGGUUUGACUGUAGCGAAUCUCAUCCAGUCGACGUGGGGUCUAGUCUUGCGCAAGUAUACAGGCUGCGACGAUGCUGUCUUUGGAUACUUGACGUCCGGCCGAGACAUGCCCGUUGAUGGUGUGAUGGACCUUGUUGGAGCGCUGAUACACAUGCUCUUGUACCGCCAAGUCAUAGAUUCGACGACGACGGUGCUUGAUCUAUUACAACAGACCAGGAAUGACUUUCUUCAGAGUUUACCCCACCAAUACGGUCUUGUUCCAGCUAUCAAGGAACACACCCAACGCCCAGCGCGGGGACUCUUCAACACGAUAAUGUCAAUGCAAUAUUCGAAUGGGGCGGGCAAAGACUCUGAAUCUGGGGACAGAAAAGAGUCUUUGUUGAGAUUUGAAAACAAGGGAGGACAAGAUCCCAAUCAGUAUGAUGUAUCCGUCGCUGUCCACGUCGAUGGCGUCACGGUCGAAAUAUCCAUCGCAUACUGGACCGAUAUGAUGCGAGAUGGCCAGGCGGGCGAGAUGGCAGUUGAUUUUGCCAAAACGUUGACCGCAAUGAUGGCUCAACCGACAAUGAAGAUUGUCAAUCUGGAUAUCUGA